GCGGCACCGGCGGCGAUGGAGCCAACGGCGGCCCUGAACGAGAGCUCGGCAGCGGUCCCCUGGCUGCCCGCCCGCGCCGGCAACGCCUCGCUGGAGCUGGCGUCGCGGCCCCCCGCGCCCACAGCCAUCAACCCCUGGGACGUGAUGCUGUGUGUCUCCGGCACUGCCAUCGCCUGCGAGAACGCCAUCGUGGUGGCCAUCAUCUGCUACUCGCCCACCCUGCGCACCCCCAUGUUUGUGCUCAUCGGAAGCCUGGCCACUGCCGACCUGCUGGCUGGGAUAGGUCUCAUCCUCAACUUUGUUUUUCAGUAUGUGAUCCGUUCUGAGACUGUCAGCCUCCUCACCGUGGGCUUCCUCGUUGCCUCCUUCGCCGCCUCUGUGAGUAGCCUGCUAGCCAUCACGGUCGACCGUUACCUCUCCCUCUACAAUGCUCUCACCUACUACUCAGAGAGGACGGUGCUGUGCAUCCACACUAUGCUGGUGUGCACCUGGGGGGUCUCCCUCUGCUUGGGGCUGCUACCAGUCCUGGGCUGGAACUGCCUCCAUGACCGCGCUGCGUGCAGCGUUGUCAGACCCUUGACCAAGAGCAAUGUGACUCUGCUGUCUGCCUCUUUCUUUCUCAUUUUUAUCAUCAUGCUCCAUCUUUACAUUGAAAUCUGUAAAAUAGUUUGCAGACAUGCCCAUCAGAUAGCUCUCCAGCAACAUUUUCUGACUGCAUCACACUAUGUUGCUACCAAAAAGGGAGUGUCUACUCUUGCUAUAAUUCUUGGGACUUUUGGAGCAAGCUGGCUACCUUUUGCCAUCUACUGUGUGGUUGGGGAUCCCGACUACCCUUCCGUGUACACUUACGCCACGCUUCUACCUGCUACCUACAACUCUAUGAUCAAUCCUAUUAUUUAUGCCUACAGAAACCAAGAAAUUCAGAGGUCCAUGUGGGUUCUCUUCUGUGGCUGCUUUCAGUCUAAAGUGUCCUUUCGCUCCCGGUCCCCUAGUGAUGUCUGAGUGACUUUUCUUUUUGUAGUACUGCACCAAGUGACAAUCCACUUAGUGAAUUAUUACAGUGCCUGUUAUAAACUUCAAACUCUGUUGUGAAGUCAUUGAAAACAUGCUUAAAUAUUAGCACUUUAUACAUGUUUGUAUCUUUGAAAGUGUUCAGGGUAUAAACUUUUCAGUUCUGUGAGAAAAAAAAAAUGUGGUUGUACAUAAAUUUGCACAUCACAUUUGUAAAGUGAAAAUGUUCUGAUACUGCUUAAUUAUAGCACCUUAUUUCUAGCUGCUGAUCUGCCAAAACAGUGUUGCCUUUCUGAAGGGCAGAGAGAAAGAAAGUUGUUUUUUGUGUUAUAUUUGUACCUAUGUAUGUGCUGGUGGGAGGGAAUGUAUGUGUGAACGUGUGCAAUACCUUGCUGCAUAAUAUUGAUAAAUUAUAACAUUUUGUACACAAAUAAAAACGUUUAAGAUUAAAAAAAUAAUAAUAAAACAAAAAGUGUGUUCAUAUGAUUUUAGAAAUAAGCGAGAUGGAAAAUUUUCCAGGUAAGCAAAGUUCCUUUGUUUACUUUUGAAAGUUUACCAUGUAAUUCCACUUAAAAACAUCAUCAUUUACUAUGGAGAUGAAAUAUUGUACCAAGAAAGGAACCUUUCUGCUUGCGUGUUUGUUUGCUCUCUUCUUCUCUCUGGUAAAGAGAGAGCAAAGAAGAGAACAACCUCACUUUUACUCUCUACUGAAAAAGUAACAAAAGACUCAGGUAAGUAGGCUACUAAUCACAAUUAUUCUCCAGGCUUCCUGUAGCUUUCAUUUUCAAUUUAUAAGCUAGCCAUUUAUGACAAUGUCUUAUUCAAAAGUUAUUAAACUACAGGGGGAAAUCAAACUCAAAGCUGUGCUCUUUUUAUAGUCUAACAUUCCAGGGUAAAAAAAAAAAAAGAGAGAGAGAAAAAAGAAAAAAGUCUCCUUUCCUAAAAGCCUGUAUAACACCAUAAUAAACUGACUUUCCUUAUCAUCUGCAGUUCUGUGGG